GGCGGACGAAAAGCAACAUCUGAACGUUAAGAAGCCAUUGAUAAAAGUAAGACGUCAAAUACCAUUCAACAAAGAUGGAAGAAGAAUACAAAGUUGAACGCAUUGAAAAGAAGCGCGUAGUUAAUGGAGUCACUGAGUACUACCUCAAAUGGAAGGGAUAUCCACGCGAUCAAAACACUUGGGAGCCGAUUGAUCAUCUCUACUGCAAGGAUUUGGUAGACGCUUUUGAGAAAUGUGAGAAAAGGAAAGCCCAAUCCCAAAAGCGUUUAAAAUUGGCAUCGGAAAAAAUGUAUCGACAAAACAAACAAAAGGCAAUGAAGUCAAGCAGUGAAGAUAAUACAAAAUUUGGCUUCGAUCGUGAAGUGGAGGCUUCUAAAAUUUUGGGAGCCACCAAUACGUCCGGCCAACUAAUGUUUUUGAUGACAUUUAAAAAUUCUGAUAAACGGGAACUAGUACCCGCCAAGCUGGCCAACGUCAUGUGCCCGCAAAUAGUAAUCAAAUUUUACGAGGAGCGUCUCACCUGGGAAAUACCCUAUGCCGAGAAAGUCAAUAAUAAUAAAAGUCGCAUCGCCGGUCGAGCUAUGAAAAAGGAAAAGAGAUUCUAAUUAUACCAAUGCGGAAAACGGUAAAUUGUGUACAUACUUACAUAUGUUUGUACAUACUACUACAUACAACCAUGGAAGCGUUCAUUGUGAAUAAACACUCAUCACUAUUCAUUUAACUAGAAUAAGAAUAUUAAUGACAUUGUUGGAAUAAAAAAAAAAACAUAA